AUGGGUAAGGACUGCUGUGAAAUAAUGAACGGCGGUGGGAGUUUUCGAGGAGUAAUUUCAAGAAACCAUACAAUACGUAAAGAAACAGCCAGUCACGGUUGUAAAGUUGUUGGCAAGAUGUCUACAGUUAAGCAGUUGUUUCAAGUGUUCCUGGUACUGAAUCUGUGCCUCACAUAUGCGGGUGGAUGGGGAAUUAUAUCUGGGACAUGUGUAGCAAGCUGUGCUGCUGUCGCUGGUAUAGGCGGAGUAACUGGAACAGCUUUACUGGCGUAUCUUGGAUUUACGGCUUCUGGCAUAGCAGCAGGUAGUUGGGCUGCAGGUUGGAUGGCUGGAUAUGCCGGGGCUGUUCCUGCAGGUGGCUGGUUUGCCGCCCUUCAGUCGGCAGGUGCCAUUGGCAGCGUAUCUGGUGCUGCUACAACAAUCUGGGGGACUUGUUCUGGCAUCUGUGCAGCUAUUGGACUGGUGCCUGGAGUCUAA